AGAUGACGGUCUGCUGAGCUGUGACCUCUGGUCUGGUACCAGCUGUGGGUGCCACUCCAUUUUACCUGACACUUUGACAUGCUCCACUGUCCAUCCCAGAGAACACGUCCAGAAUAAGGUUUGGGUGCCACUGGCCGGCUCAGCCGCAGAAGGCCCGGGUCCCAGGUCCCUGGCCAGAGUAGGGCAGCCCCAUCCACCCAGGGCUGGCAGGAACGAGGGGAGGCACCAGCGGGCAGGCUGCAUCCAGUUGCUGUGCCAGGAGCUGCAGGCCUUGACCCGUAGGGACCCAGAGCUGCCCAGCACCUGGCCUGGAGCCCCACCUGUGUGCUCCCCCUGCUCAGUCUCCCCAGUGAGGCCUCAGGAGCCUGCAGGCAGGACCCAGGGCCUGGAGGGGCACCCACCCCAUAGGGCUGGCCACAGACAGCUGGAGCUUUCUGUUCCCCGUAAGUCAAGGUGCACCUCCCAAACCUUGCUCCCUGGCAGAGGCUCCUCCCCCACACACAAUCUUUCUGUCACUUAUGCUCCUCCCCUCCCCCAGCAGGGCCAGCACCCCAGCCCGUUUCCUCGCCUGCAUGGGGAUGCAGAGUUGCAGGAGUGCCCCGGGUUAGUCUGUCCACUUCCCCCUGCGUUCAUUCAGAGCAGAUGUAUGAAGCUUCCGUGUGCUGGACACUGGAUACCUGACACUGUCCAGGAGCCCCCAGAGGACCUGUGGAGAGGUGUUGGCCCCGCCCACUCAUGGCCAGGUCCCGCCCCUCCCGGCUUCUGAGGGGCUGAUUGGCUGCGGGCCAGGGUCUGGUUGCUGGGCGGGGCGCGCGGGAAUAAAUCUAGCUGAGCGCAGGACCAAACUCAGUCUGGACACGGAGCUGCGUCUCCCCACGCGCGGUGUCCCCGGAGCUCCGAACUUCCAACCCGGACCCCUGGGCAAUCGCCCGCACUACCCCCACCACCACCCCAUCAUGCACGGCCUCGGGCUCCUGCUGCUCAGUGUGCUGUGGCUGCAGGGUGAGUGAUGCGCAUCCCACUCUGGCUGGUUCGGUCACUUGGCCCUCUGUGUCCCCCACGGGGCUCAGGGCUGAUAUCUGGGAAUCAGGAGGAGCAGAGGUGGUCACUCAGCGGAGAGGCCCUGGGCAGCGGACACAGAACCUUCAAAAGGGAACUGUUGAGAACCGGCACCUGGCACUUCCUGCGCUGGAGGUGGGGGCUGGGGCAGGGACACAGCAGGGUGGAGGACCCUGCCGCUUCCCCUCCAUCCUGGGGCCCUGGGGAGAUAGCCCACCCUCACUGGGAUCCCCCAGCCUGGCAGGGAAGAGAGGACUGAGGACCAACGGCCUGGGGCCGAGGUGUGGGGGCACCAUGAGGCGGUCGUUGGCUGUGGGACAACUUCCAGGUCUGGGCUACGUGAGCUGCCUGCAGGCAGGGGUGGGGGCUGCCAGGUCCCAGCUCAAGGCAGUUCUGUGGUUAGUUGAGAAGUAUAAACCACAGGUGCUGGGUGGGCAGACCCGCCCCCUCCGGGGCCAGUGCGCAUCCUCAGUUCCUGAGCAAGAUGUCUGGGCCACCCUGAGCACGGGGCAGCCUGGUGGGCCCCUGGAAGGGCUGGCGCCGGGCAGGAUCCCUGGGCACUGCCAGGCACAAGUCUGCCUGGCUUCACCCAGGGUGGGGGUCUGAUGGUCUUUUUAAUGCUGAGCUCCUACUUGGGCUUGGGAGCUCGACCUCAGACCUCAGUUUCCAGGCGAUUCCUUGUGGGGAGGGAGCCCCAGGGCCAGAGAGUGCCCGUGCGCCUGCUCACGCCGGGGGCUCUCCCGCAGUGGUCGCCCCCAGGGCCGCUCUGCCCCACGUGGAGCAGUACGAGGUGGUGCAGCCCCGGCGCCUGCCAGGAACCCGCACCCGCCGAGCCCUGCCCUCCCACUUGGGCCUGUACCCAGAGAGCGUGAGCUAUAUCCUGGGGGCCCGAGGGCACAACUACACCCUGCACCUUCGGAAGAACAGGGACCUGGUGGGCUCAGGCUACAUGGAGACCUACGUGGCUGACAAUGGCUCCCAGGUGACCGAGCAGCUGCAGAGGCAGGAUCACUGCUUCUACCAGGGCCACGUGGAGGGGUACCAGCACUCCGCCGCCAGCCUCAGCACCUGUGCUGGUCUCAGGGGCUUCUUCCAGGCCGGCUCCGCUUUCCACCUGAUUGAGCCCCUGGAAGUGGGCGGGGAGGAGGAGCAGCACGCGCUGUACCAGGCAAGGCAUCUGCGGCAGAAGGCUGGCACCUGUGGGGUCAGCGACAGCAACCUGCAGAGCGCCUUGGGGCCGCGGAUCUCGGCAGCCUUCAGGCCCCGGAACUGGCCACUAUCCCGAGAGACCCGCUACGUGGAGCUGUACGUGGUCACGGACAGCACAGAGUUCCAACAGCUGGGGAGCAGAGAAGCCGUGCGCAGGCGGGUGCUGGAGGUGGUGAACCACGUGGACAAGCUUUAUCAAGAACUGAAUUUCCGUGUGGUGCUGGUGGGCCUGGAGAUCUGGAACAGUGGGGACAAGAUUCACAUCAGCUCCCAGGCCAACGCCACCCUGGAGAACUUCCUGGCCUGGCAGGCUCGGGAACUGGCAGGGCGCCGCCCCCACGACAACGCGCAGCUCAUCACAGGGAUUGACUUCACCGGGACCACCGUGGGACUGGCCAAGGUGUCCGCCAUGUGCUUCCAGGGCUCGGGGGCUGUGAACCAGGACCACAGCCCGAACCCCAUUGGCGUGGCGAGCACCAUGGCCCACGAGAUGGGCCACAACCUGGGCAUGGACCACGAUGAGAAUGUGCAGGGCUGCUACUGCCCCGUGCCACGGUCCGACGGUGGCUGCAUCAUGGCGGCCAGCAUUGGCUCCAAGUUCCCCAGAAAGUUCAGCCAGUGCAGCCAGACCGACCUGGAGACGUUUGUGGAGAAGCCGAGGACGGCCUGCCUGGUGAACCCCCCGGACCUCAGCCGGCUGGUGGGCGGCCCUGUGUGUGGGAACCGGUUUGUGGAGCACGGGGAGCAGUGCGACUGUGGCUCGCCCCAGGACUGCCAGAACCACUGCUGCAAUGCCACCACCUGCCUGCUGGCCGAGGGGGCCGAGUGUGCCCACGGCGCCUGCUGCCAUGAGUGCAGGGUGAAGCCAGCUGGAGAGCCCUGCCGCCCCGAGAAGGACUUAUGUGACCUCGGGGAGUACUGUGACGGCCAGCAGCCAGCCUGUCCGGAGGACGCCUUCCAGGAGAAUGGCACGCCCUGCCCUGGGGGCUACUGCUACAACGGGAAGUGCCCCACACUGGCCCAGAGGUGCCGGGACCUGUGGGGGCCAGGCACUCAGGUUGCCGCGGAGAUGUGCUACACCCACAGCAUCUCCUCAGGCUGCAGCAGCGGGAUCCCCCUCAGGGUCAACAUGUGUGGCACUCUGCUCUGCGAGGGCGGGCAGAAGCCCCUGGAGCGAGGUUCCUGCACCAUCUACUCCCGCAUGGGCGCCUGCCAGGCUCUGCGCCAGGACGACAGCACUGCCUACGAGCCGGUGCCUGAAGGCGCCAGGUGCGGGGAGGAGAAGGUUUGCUGGAAAGGACUCUGCCGGGACUUUCACGUUUACAGAUCCAGAAACUGCUCUGCCCGGUGCAGCAACCACGGGGUGUGCAAUCACAAGGACCAGUGCCACUGCCACCCUGGCUGGGCCCCACCCUACUGCGCAGAGCUGCUGUCCGAUGUGCGCACAGCAUCCAGCAGCUUCCAGAUGGGCGUGCUGGUUCCUGUGGUGCUCCUGGUGGUUCUGGCACUCACCGUGGCAGGAGUGGUCAUCUAUCGCAAGGGCUGGAGCCCAGUCCGGAAGAGGAAUGUGGCGCCCAAGACGGCUGUGGGGCUCUCCAACCCUCUCUUCCAUGAGAGGAACAGCUCACCAGUGAAGGGCAGGGUUACAGCUCCCCCCAAGGGGCCCCCAGAACCGAUCCUCACGUCCCGUCCCUGCCAACCCCCCAGGCCCACGGCCUCUGUGGUGACCCCUAAACGGCCUCCCCCUGCUCGCCCAGCUGCCAUGUCCAGCCCACUCUGCCCAGUCCCUGUGUACACCCAGCAGGCCCCAGACCAGCCCAGACCUGCUCCUCCCGCCAAGCCCCUGCCAGCGCUGAAGCCCAAACAGGUCAUCAAGCCAACUUGCACGCCCCCGUUGCCACCCGUCAAGCCUGGGGCGGGGGAGGCCAAGCUUGGACCCAGUCAGGGAGCUGUUGGCCCAAAGGUUGCUCUGAAACCCCUCAUCCAGAGGAGGUGAUGGGGCCCAAGCUCAGAGCACCCUGGGGGCAUCUGUGUACCAGUCCGGACGUUGCCUGUGGUUCACGGGACCUUGCCACCCGCACGGCAGAUGCAGCCCCCUGGCCCCAGGCCCUCUGUGCUCUUGCGCCCACUGUGAGAAGUCCUAAGAGAAGCGCCAUCUCCUCGUGGCCGGGGUCACUCUUCGGCAUCCCAGGGUCACAGCCAAGGGCCUCUCCCCCUGGCCUCGGGAAUGGGUCACCUAUGCUCUUUCCUGGGGUCAGUCCAGUCCCUCCUCACCCACGUGUCUCCAGACAGCCACUGGGGUCUUGUCUGGGUCUUUGAAACCUCAGGUGCACAUUCAGCAGGGCUGAAAGCGUUGAAUUUUUUUGUAUUUUAUGAUUAAGUUCUUGAUCAAGUUCUAAAUGAGGGGAGAUUUUUACUAGAUCAGUGAAAAAUGGUGCGGCGAAACAAUGUGGAGUUUAUAAGAUUGAAGGGUCUGACGCUUAUUAAAAUAAAACGUCUACUGUAAAUGAAUAAA